UCACUUGCCCAUGAUGGCCUGCAGGUCGUCAGCCGAGAGGUCCCACCCGGGCGGGACGUGGCCGCUGUCAUCACUGACACCGAAGAGUGCGGGCAGCAAGCCCAGACACUCCUCAGGGUCGGUGAUGAGGUAGGACUCGGCCUGGACCUCCUCCGCACGAGGAGGGGCUGGAAGGCCAGGGAGAGAGAGAGGAGGGCCACCACGACCGUGAGAGAGCGGCAAGGCAUCCUUGCUCGCGAGGGGUCGAGAGUGUGCGGGUAGCGCGCGCGGGAGUUUGCGGGUGCGGAGGCGUGCGGGGGAAGGGAACCUGAAAUAACACCACACGACAUCGCAACGCAUAUAUGCAAAGAGAGGGCAGGAUGUAUGUGUGUGACCUCAAGGGUUACGGGUGGCGCUCAUCCACUUCAUCGAGGUAGGUGGCCUUGUUGACCUCGCUCCGCUCGACCGUCGCCCUUGCCCUCUCCAACCAUUCCUCCCUAUCGUCCUCCUCGGCAGCAGCAGCGUCCGUGUCGUCGCGGUCACCUCGAUCAGAGCCCCGCAGCGCCUCCUCCCCAUCCUGAUCCAGCUCGUGGAUCUCGGCCGCAGUGCCGAAGCGCUCAGGGAUGAGAAGGGGCGCGCCGCUCUCCAUCUCGAUGUGCCAUCUGCCGUCCUGCUGAUAAAGGUUGACCCGACCGUCAACGAUACGAGGCUGACGGUCGGUCGCCCUGAUGAGCUGGCAGAUGGGCACCACGACGACAUUGCACCAAAUGAUUGUGCACCACUUGAACCUGAGAAGCACAGGUAGCGAAGACGCCAAGCAAUACGACACAAAUGUAUGCCACCAUGGCUAGGAUACGCCCACCCAUUGGGCAGAGCUUGCAUAUGAUGAAGAUUAUGUCGGUGAUUACCCACGGCAUGUUCCAGUGCUUGUUGAUGCGGCACUGCCCAUUGGUGAGGUCCAGGUAGCGGAGCACGCGCCGGAUUUCGCUGUGCUGACACACCACAGUGAAACGAAGAGAUGCAUACAUCGCACUCGCAUUCAAUCACUGCCUCUCUGUCCUGCCACGGACGCAUGCCUUACGUGUUGGUUCGUCUCGAUGCGGGGUGCUGAAGUGGAGGAGGUAGCCGAACAGCUCCAUGCAGCUAGCUGUCGAAGCCCUCGAACUCGAUGCGGUGGACGUCGGCAU